GCUGUGUAUAUAAAGAGCAGAGCAGCCUCACCAACAUCAUACUAAUCUUCAUCAUCAUCAUCAUCAUCAGCUUGCAUACAGUCGACCUGACAGACCAGACGUUGAGUUUCUUCAUCAUCACUUCGUCCUCCUCACCAUCUUCAUCAUGAAGACCAUCUUGCUCCUCACUGUUUUGUUCAGUGUUGUUCUCUCCAUUAUGGCAGCAGCAGUUCCUGUUGAAGCAGAACCAGCUCCAGUGGAGGUUGGAGAGGAAAAACUGGUGGAAGAGCCAGAAGUUUUUGUUGAGGAGAUGAAUCUCCCACCUGGAGUAGAAGAGGCAGAACCUGUGGAACCUGAAAUGGAAGAGCCAGAAGUUGAAGAGGAGAUGGGUCUCUUACCUGAGGGUGGUUCAUAUCCUACUUCUACUGAGUGGAAGAGAUACAAUAACAGCUGCUACCGGUUUGGGUCUUACAGCAGAACCUGGUACAGCGCUGCGCACUACUGCAAGCGUUUGGGAGCUUCUUUACCUUCUAUCCGUAGUGCAUCUGAAUACAGUUUCUUUCAGAGUGUGACCGAGAGUGAAGGACACUCCACUUCCUGGAUCGGAGGUUACUACUUCGAGGGCUGGAAUUGGGUGGAUAAAAGCCCCUUCAGCUACGAGAACUGGGAUUCAAAGCUGAGUUUUACAUAUUAUAGAUGCAUGUACCUCAACGCCGAGAAGGGCUGGUCCAACAGCAGGUGCUACAAAUUCAGACCAUUUAUCUGCAUGAAGAGAAGCUGCUGAACAUAAGUAACAGCUGUGUUAUUGACACCCUGUUCACAUUUGCAUGUUGCAAAUUCAUAUUAAAAAGAAGGACAAAAACAUUGAAUAAAUAAAAAAA